AUGGAGUCCACACGAGCUACCAAACUUAGAAAGGAGGCAAAGGCUAUCGCCGCCGACCGAAGAAAGCAUAAGGAGAAGUGUCGUUUGGUGCAACGAUGGGUUUACGACAAGUACAAGCCCAGUACCGCUGGUAGCGACGAAGAAGCUCAACUCGACGCUUACGACGGGGAAACUUCUGCUGAGAAAGCGGUUAUCAGCACACAGCCAGCAAAGCGUUCAGUCUGGCAUCUCCCGGCCUCAUUAAAUGGGCGACCAGGGCCAAGAGGCUUGGCUUUGGGCACGAUGCUUCAGGUUGCAGAACAUUGCUACCAGAUUUCCACCAACGAUUUCGACAGUAUGAGCUUAUGUGACCACAUCCACCACAUCCAGGAAGCUUUACAACCAGACAACUCGCCGACGCCAGUCUUGAAAACACUAGUGACUCAACCUUUAGUAGUCCAGGCCCAACAUCAGCAAUAUCUGGCCCAGAAAGAUUUCACAGCCUGUGUGGCCAAGAUUGCUAUCCACAGCAACUUACCAGGAAUCUUCAAGAAAAACUUGAAGACGUGCAAGGACUGUUACGAUAAAUUCCGACCUGGUUUAAAGUCCUGCCCAUGCGCCAAGACCAAGCAAACCUGUCUUCAUGGUCCAUGUCGCUACCACCCAGGUCAAAUUAAAUCCUGGGGAGUGGAUUGCGGUAAUCUGGACUUCCUGACAAAGGAAAAGGUCACCAUUCAGGAAUUCGACAUAUGGAUUCACCAGUGCUACUGGGACUGCUGUGGUGCCAAGCUGGUGCCCGUCGACCCUGAUACGGGACGGCGUAGCCAGAAGAGAAAGAAGGCACCUCCACAGCCUUGGGAGAUUGCAAAUGAUAUAGACGGAAGCGUGGGUUGCAUGACCCGGGACCACCACGUUGCGAUUCAGUAG